CGCGAUAAGCUUUUAAAAGAACGCACAGAGAACGAGCACUGGCUCAACAACAACUGUUAAGUAAAGACGGCAAAUCACGUACUUUGCAUCCUUGCAAACAAGAGACCAUGAGAAGGGUUUAUUUGUUUUUGCUACUUAAUGGACUGUUAGCCAGUGGACAAGGUUGGCAUAACGGUUAUGAUCAGCCUUUAAAUUUUAAUUGUGCUCCAGGCCAGUCUAUAUCUUCCAUAAGGAGCGAACACCACAAUGCUUUUGAGGACCGGCGAUGGGAACUUGGCUGUAAAGACACGUUCAGAUAUGGAACAGACUGUUUCUGGUCACCUUACGUCAAUUAUUUUGAUGAAAUGUUCAGCUUUGAGUGUCCACCGCACCACGUGAUCACUGGAAUGAGCAGCCACCACAACGACAACUAUGAGGACAGACGGUGGCAGUUUUACUGCUGUAGAAGUAAAUGCAUUUCUGGAGUGAGUGGUCAUUGUAAUUCUGACUGUCUGUGGACGACAUACGUGAACUCCUUUGAUGAGUACUUCCACUGGACUGUGCCUCCUCACAGUGUUCUGGUGGGUGCUGAAAGCUACCAUGAUGAUUCUACAGAAGAUCGACGAUGGAAGUACAAGUACUGUGCCCAAAAAUCAUGUUGAUACCAAGAAUCAGUGUGUUCUCACAGUUCAGUAAAACAUUUAAAAAGUUGA